AUGCCUCCCUUCGAUACGGCUAGUUUGCCGAAAGGGGAAUCCAUCCUUAUCCACGUCGGCGGCGCCGCUACCCUCGCCGCCUCGCCGACGAACGAAAAAUUCGACCUCGACACAUCUGGCGUCGCGGGCUUUUUUGGAGGGAGCGUGGCCCUAUCUGCCAUGGUGACUACGCACAUCUACACCGGGCGACGAUGGUUUGGUUGGUACAAUCAGCCCGGAAGCUUCGAAGUCGCUAGCAGAUAUGGUCAACUUGCCCGCGGCCGCUUCUGGGACGCCCUCUACCCCGGUCCCAACAUCGACCCCGCCAGCCUCUUUCACUUUCAAGGGUCGCAGAACGGUCCAAGCUACACGUUCGUGGGGAAGAUGUCCAUCAUCUUUCAGUCUGCCACUGGCCACAUCGCGCGCCUCUUUCUCGACGAGUGUCAGGACAUGAUGCCCUGCCUCUCGAGCGCGGGAAAGGAGACAGCUCCCGGAUCUGUAACCGUCGUGGAACUUCAUGAUGCUCCGGGAUCCCGAAUCACCUCCGCCCAGCUGCAGCAGAGCAUGUCCAUGAAAAUCGUCGCCGCUACGACAGUCCUGAUAUCUCUCGCUGCGGCCGUGAUGUGCGCGCUGCUCGACGAUUGGUACUCCUGCUCGGUGAUUCUCUUCAGCAUGGCCUGCAACGGCAUCGCAUGCGGCGUCGCGGGCCGCGGCGCGCUCGAGUUCAGACUUUUCAAGCCAUUGGCCCCGGAGGACCUGCAAGGACGCACGGGCAUCCUCCACGAGGGCAACGACAUAGUCGUAAUGAAGGGGCCGCGGCGUACGCUCAACGCCGUCACGCAGGGUCGCUUCGACGUGCGCUACAACAGUCACCCGAAGCACCACGACAUAGGAUGUUGCGCCGUCCUCCUCUCUCUGCAGCUUCUCGCGCAGCUUCUGGUCGUGCCCCAGGGCCACCUAUACGGCCAGCUCCUCUUUUUGUUCUCACUCGCCGUCUCAUGGGCAUACAACUCCUACCUUUCUUCUCCCGACGUCAGCACACUGCUCCGUACUGUCCUCUUCAAACAGGUUCUUCACCUCAAAUGCGCUGCGGUCGCUCCGGGUCCGCAUAAGGAUGAAGAGGCUCCGCAGCAGCAGGUGAACGUCAAAAAGUACAAAUUCGGGACGCGCACAUCCACAGUCGUGUUCGCCCUCCUCGUGAUCGCGCCGUCUACGAAGGAUCGGCGCGACCUUGCGACAUUACUGGAUCACUUUCUGACGGACAACACGCCGGUUUGGCUGGACUGGAAAGCCGAAGUUCUGGAGCACAUCGAGAAAAAGCGUGUGAAGCUCGACCCCGCAGAUCCUGCUGGUCGCAGUUUCCGCUUCCACUUCAACACCAGGGCGCAAGACAUUCCGGAAGAAAUGCACAUACUGCGUGACUAUGCGAAUGUGGCUGCUGAGAUGUACAGGAAAUAUCGUCAGUCACCUCCUUCCAAAUGGGUGCUGGAAAGUCCCACUGAUUCGUCGGACGUGCUUGAUGACAAGAUCGGCGUCGCCCCUUCCCAGAGUCCGUGA